UCUUCUUCUUCUUCUUCUUCUUCUUCUCUGAGCAAUUUUUGCCAAUAAGAAUCUCUCCUGUUCUUCAAACCCUUUUGGCUGGAUAUGUUGAAUCGUCUGAAUUCUGUAAAUUAAUCCAUUCUUUUUUUUGCAAUUAUGUUUGGAUUCAGUGAUUUCUCUCUUGUGUUUCCAAUUUCUACGAAUUUUUUCUGGUUCAACUCUGUUAGUCCUCUACUAGCUCUUCUUCUCGAAUCCUCAGAUCAUGAUAUCUAGCAUCUGGUUCGUUUUUGUUCAUUAUUGGCUUUGGUCAAAGGAUUUCUUUAUAAGCAAUCCUGACCCCGACCCUCUUCUUAUCUGAACUUGUUUCGCCUUUGUUAUUGUUGUUUUGCUUUUGUGAUAAGUUUUGGAUUUGAAGUUCUUUGUUGGUCCAUGGAUGAAUUGCUGAAAAAAGCGUUUUCAGUUGGACUUUGAUUCCAUUUCUGAUUGUGGAAUCUUGGUUAUAUGUUUUCGUCUGAUUGUACACGACAUGAUUUCCAUCCAUGGGGUUUCAAUUAAGUAAUAAAUUAAAAAUAAAUUUCCCUACUUUUUCUUGUUCCAAAUCCGUGCUUUGGGCUUUUUUGGUUCUUUCUCUUGAUUUAAUGAUCUGAGCGUUGAAAUUUUACUCAAUCUGUGUCACUUUUGAGCUUAUUUCUUGAGUUAGCUUAGUGGUAACGCAUCUUUUUUAAGUCAUGGACAAUGCCAAUGAUCCCUCCUCGUCUCCAAGUUUUGCCUCGUCGUCUUAUGUGUCAAAUGGUUCCAGUUAUAACAACGUUGCUGCAACAUUCAGCAAUGACCCUUCUGCAAAUUCUGAUCAUAUGUGUCUUAGCAAACUAAGUGCAAACCUCGAGAAGCUUGUGGUUGAUUCUGAUUUUGACUAUACCGAUGCGGUGAUUGUUGUUGAGGGCAUUGAAGUGGGUGUUCAUCGAUGUAUAUUGGCUGCUCGGAGUCAGUUUUUUCAUGAGCUUUUUAAGCAGGAAGUGGAUAGCUCCACCGAAGAUGGCAAGCCAAAAUAUUGUAUGUCUAAGUUGGUGGCUUUCAGAAAGGUUGGAAUUGAAGCUUUCAAGGUUAUCUUGAAUUACUUGUACACUGGAAAGCUAAAGCCAUCACCGCCAGAAGUAUCAACAUGUGUGGAUGAGGCCUGUGCUCAUGAUGCUUGUGGCCCUGCUAUUAAUUAUGCAGUGGAAUUGAUGUAUGCUUCUGCCACUUUCAAGAUGAAAGAGAUGGUUUUGCUCGUACAGCGUCGACUCCUAAAUUUUGUUGAGAAAGCCGCAGUGGAAGACGUGAUAACUUUACUGAUUGCUGCAUUUCAUUGUCAUCUGGACCAGCUGCACACCCCCUGCAUUCAAAGAGUCGCAAGGUCGAACCUUGAUGCUGUGUCUCUAGGGAGAGAGCUUCCUGAUGAGAUUGCAAGUGAAAUUAAAUCACUGCGUAUGAAAUCUCAGCAAGAAACUGAACCAGAUAUUGUGGAAGAAGCGGACCUGAACCGUGAGAAGAAAAUCAGGAGGCUCCACAAAGCAUUGGAUUCUGAUGAUGUCGAACUACUGGGACUAUUGUUGCGUGAAUCGUCCGACAUUACCUUGAAUGAUGCUUAUGCUCUUCAUUAUGCCACUGCCUAUUGUGACCCUAAGGUCAUUAAGGAAGUUCUUAACCUAGGGUUAGCAGAUCUCAACCAUAAAAACCUUAGAGGACAAACAGUUCUCCAUGUUGCAGCAAGGCGUAAGGAUCCUAAUAUCAUUGUAGCUCUUCUGGACAAGGGAGCCUCUGCAUUAGAACCUACAGCUGAUGGACAAACUGCUGUUACAAUCUGUCGAAGACUGACUAGGCCUAGGGACUUUAAUGAGACAACUCAAAAAGGACAGGUAUCUAACAAAGAUCGGUUAUGCAUUGAUGUGCUGGAGAGAGAGAUGCGUAGGAAUUCUUUUUCUAGUGGCAUGGAAAUGGCAACUCAGAUUUCCGCUACCGAUAUGCAUGUGAUGCUAGACUAUCUAGAAAAUAGAGUGGCCUUUGCUCGCCUUUUUUUCCCUGCCGAGGCGAAGGUGGCAAUGGAAAUUGCAGAUGCAGGUUCCACAAUAGCAGAUAUUGGCCCUGUACCAGCCAAGGGGUCAUCUGGCAACUUGCUGAAGGUUGACUUGAAUGAAACACCAUCUGUUGGAACCAAGAGACUUCAGUCAAGAAUGCAAGCUCUAAUGAAAACAGUGGAGACAGGUCGACGGUAUUUCCCUCAUUGCUCGGAAGUACUCGACAACUUCUUGGCUGAUGACAUGCCUGACCUUCUCUUCCUGGAAACGGGAACUCCAGAAGAGCAGCGGAAGAAGAAGGCUCGGUUCAUGGAACUUAAAGAUGAUGUUCAAAAAGCAUUCUGCAAAGACUUAGCGUCAAGUUUGUCAUCCUCUUCAUCUUCGUCCUCACCCAAAGUGGGUAUAAAUCAUAAAGCUAGGAGAAAAUGAUGUCCGACUUGUACUAUAUUUUUGUAGGUAACAUAAACAGUUGAAUAUGCCAUAGAAUUUUCCCUGGAAGAAUAUUUACAUUACAGGAAUGUAGAAAUGUUGUUCUAUCCUUUUUUUUAUCUGUAUAAUAGGAUAAGGUUUCCCUUUCCCAUCUUGCUUUUUUAACCUAUCCUUGCUGUUUUUGGGCUGUAAAAUAAUUCUAACUUAUUAUUAGCUUUAUGAGGAACAAGAAAUUGGGCAGCUUGUUAAUGGAUCUAAUGGAAGUUUCUAUUUUUUGGAAA